GACUGACAUUUCAAAUCCGGGAAAUCAACCAACAAUCAACAUAAACAUGAAAGAAGAAAAUACAAUGAAAAUUGUAUUAGAAUUUAGCGGAGGAGCCGAAAUUCUCUUCGAUAAAGUCAAACAGAGAGAAAUUGAGCUCGAUGGAGCGAAAACAUGGAAAAUCAAGGAUCUCCUCAAGUGGAUGCAGGUGAACUUUCCAACGAAUCGUCCGGAGCUCUUUUACGCAGAUGAUUCUGUACGACCGGGAAUUUUGGUGUUGGUAAACAAUACGGAUUGGGAUUUACUGGACAAGGAGGAAUACGUGAUCGAGCCCAAAGACACAAUUCUCUUCAUAUCCACACUGCAUGGAGGAUAAAAGUAAAUUUACAUUCAAUGAGAAGACAAGAUUUUAUUCGAUUUCCCACGGAAACUGGUAAUGUGCAGUCAUAUCAAUUAGUCAGUUCUAUAAUU